CUGUUACCCCAACGCACCACGGAGCUCGGCCCGCCCCUGAUCCGCUGUCCCAAGAGUGGCCCCGACUCUGCCGCGGAUUGGAGCUCACCUAGGUGGUACCUGUUAGGUCCCAGCGAGUCCGGUGGCUGGAAGUGGUUAAGAAUGGGCUUUCCUGGACCGUUAAUGCGACAGAGGAAGACUAUACUGCAGAGACUUUUCUGAAAUUGGCCUUGAAGCGUAUGUUGAAUUUUAAUCUUCCCCCUAUUAAAAACAGCACAGGAGAACCUGUAUGGAAGGUUCUCAUUUAUGACAGGUUUGGCCAAGAUAUCAUCUCUCCUUUGCUGUCAGUGAAAGAGCUGAGAGACAUGGGCAUCACCUUACAUCUGCUUUUGCAUUCUGAUCGAGAUCCUAUUCCAGAUGUUCCAGCAGUAUACUUUGUAAUGCCAACAGAAGAAAAUAUUGACAGAAUGUGCCAGGAUCUUCGAAAUCAGCUUUAUGAAUCUUAUUAUUUAAAUUUUAUUUCUGCCAUUUCAAGAAGUAAACUGGAAGAUAUUGCAAAUGCUGCCUUAGGGGCUAGUGCAGUAACACAAGUAGCGAAGGUCUUUGAUCAGUAUCUCAAUUUCAUUACUUUGGAAGAUGAUAUGUUUGUAUUGUGUAAUCAAAAUAAGGAGCUCAUCUCUUAUCGUGCCAUUAACAGACCAGAUAUAACGGACACUGAAAUGGAGGCCAUUAUGGACACUGUGGUUGACAGUCUCUUCUGCUUUUUUGUUACACUGGGAGCUAUUCCUAUAAUCAGAUGCUCAAGAGGAACUGCAGCAGAAAUGGUGGCAGUGAAACUAGAUAAGAAACUCCGAGAGAACCUAAGAGAUGCCAGAAACAGUCUUUUCACAGGUGACACGCUUGGGGCUGGACAAUUCAGCUUCCAAAGGCCUUUGUUAGUCCUUGUUGACAGAAACAUAGAUUUAGCAACUCCUCUACACCAUACUUGGACAUACCAGGCAUUAGUGCAUGAUGUACUGGAUUUCCAUUUGAACAGAGUUAAUCUAGAGGAAUCUUCAGGAAUGGAAAAUUCUCCAGCAGGGGCUAGGCCAAAGAAAAAGAAUAAAAAAUCAUACGACUUAACUCCAGCUGAUAAAUUUUGGCAAAAGCAUAAAGGCAGUCCUUUCCCAGAGGUAGCAGAGUCUGUGCAGCAAGAGCUGGAAUCCUACAGAGCCCAAGAAGAUGAGGUCAAAAGGCUUAAAAGUAUUAUGGGAAUUGAAGGGGAGGAUGAAGGAGCAAUAAGUAUGCUUUCUGAUAAUACAGCUAAGCUAACUUCAGCUGUUAGCUCUCUUCCAGAACUACUUGAAAAGAAAAGGCUCAUCGAUCUUCAUACAAAUGUUGCAACUGCUGUCCUGGAGCAUAUAAAGGCACGGAAACUGGAUGUGUAUUUUGAGUAUGAGGAAAAAAUAAUGAGCAAGUCCACUCUCGAUAAAUCUCUCUUGGACAUGAUUUCUGACCCUGAUGCGGGAACUCCAGAAGACAAGAUGCGAUUGUUUCUUAUCUAUUACAUAAACUCAGUGCAGGCACCAUCAGAGGCUGAUUUGGAGCAAUACAAAAAAGCAUUGACAGAUGCAGGAUGUAAUCUUAUUCCCUUGAACUACAUAAAACAAUGGAAGGCUUUUGCCAAGAUGGCUUCAGCUCCUACCAGCUAUGGAAACGCUACAGCUAAACCAUUGGGUCUGUUUUCACGUGUUAUGAAUACAGGCUCACAGUUUGUGAUGGAAGGAGUGAAGAAUUUGGUAUUGAAACAACAAAAUCUACCAGUCACACGUAUCCUAGACAACCUUAUGGAGAUGAAGUCAAAUCCAGAGACAGAUGACUACAGGUAUUUUGACCCCAAGAUGUUGCGAGGCAGUGACAGCUCAGUUCCAAGAAACAAAAAUCCAUUCCAAGAGGCAAUUGUUUUUGUAGUUGGAGGAGGCAACUACAUUGAAUAUCAAAAUCUUGUUGACUACAUUAAGGGCAAACAAGGCAAACAUGUCUUAUAUGGCUGCAGUGAGCUUUUCAAUGCUGCACAGUUUAUAAAACAGCUGUCCCAACUUGGGCAGAAAUAGGACCGAAAAACACCAUUAUUUGAAACUACCUGGCAAUUUGGAAGUGUGAAGAAAAAGAUCAUGGCAACACUCAGAUGACACCUUCAUAUCUAUAACCUUGUUAUAACAUUAAAACUUAAACCGUUCCAUUAAUCUGAUCAUUUUGAAGGAAGACCUGUACUUAACAUAGUGUAUAUGAAUAACAGAAUAACAUUUCAGAAAAUAAAACUUAAUCUAUAUU